AUGUCAAAUCCUCAAGAAAAAAGAGUGCAAGCCGGCGAGGUAGAAAAGGCUCAUGAUAUAUCUACUCUGAAAAAUACAGAAUGGUCAAAACCUGAAUACACCCUUCCUACCCCCUCCCUCCAAUUCCUCUUCCAUCUCGAAUGUGACAUGGAGGAAUUUCACCCUAUUGGUGAUGGAGGACAUGGUAAUCGCGCUACUGUAAUUUUCAAAGGCGGCCGUUUCGAAGGUCCUCAUCUCCGGGGCACCAUUCUCCCCGGCGGCGGCGACUGGGAAACCAUUCAAAACACUCCUUCCCAAUCUCUCCAAACAGCUCACCUGGAUACCCGCUAUAAUCUUCUAACUCAUGAUAAUCACUGCAUCUACCUGCGUACCACCGGUGUACGCACUGGUCCCCGAGAUGUUCUAGAGGCACUUGGAGAAGAAGAUAAGCAUACUGCUCAUGACUAUAAGAUGCGCUUGAACCUCACAUUUGAAUGUGAUGAUGCAGGAAAGUAUGGGUGGUUGAAUCGGGUUGUGGGGGUUGCUAGUAGUGGGAGAAAUGGAGGGAGGGUGAUUUAUGAUGCUUUUGAGGUUUUGUAG